CCUUGGUUCUUGGUUCUGCAUUCUCUUACCCCUCUACAGCCUCAUCUUCGUUCUCACUUCCAGCCUCAUUCUUCUUUCUUUGUCCUCGCUGUGUUAUUGACGUCCUUCUGCUCCCUCCGAACUUCCAUCUUGAUCUAUACAAGGCUCCCAGACGCUGUAUGAAGACCUCUGUACCACCAGCACAUCGCCUUUCCUGCCUUUCUGGCACUCACCUUCAACUAACUGUGUUAACACUUGGAAAUCUUUCUGCAAGGCAACUAGGCGAAGUCGUUGAUGGAUGAGCACUAUAUCACGGCCUUGUGAACGACCUUGUAACCCCUUGCAUUCUACAACGGCGCUUACAUAUCGUCGCAUCCGCCCAGCAGCCAGCGCGCCACGACUGUAUCUACAGGCAUGCCGCUUUGACUCCAGAAACAAUGGUCCUUCCUACAUCCAGCGCAGUACAAACAAAUGGGGGUCAUGAUGUUGCUGGGAAUCCACCAGGAGCCUCUCACUCGUCCCCAAUUCAACCUUCCUCCAACGAUAACGCUGCUGCGGCGACCUUUGGCAAGCGGCCGCUAUCACCUUACCAAAUAAUUGAGGAUCAAGAUCUUGCUCGAGCCGUUGAACUUUCACUUCAGAAUCAGGCUCAAGUAAAGCAGGAACCAGAUACCCAAGGGGGUUCAUCUCACCGUCACUCGUCAUCGUCGUCAGCAUCAUCAUCAUCAUCAUCUUGCGAGCCAUCGGUUUCCCUGGUCUUGAGUCUGAACAAUGAGUUCACCCCCCUCGUCGACAAGAUGGGCGAUACAGCUAUCUAUUUUGGCCCUCCCCCUCAAAUGCCGGAGCAAAACGACAAAGACUAUCACUAUAUCAAACAACAUUUUGAUCGCGUCCAUGUGGUCAAAAGCUCAAAUCUUAGGCUCAUGGGUGACGAGUCCAGGUUUACCGACAGAGAUCUUCUGAACUCGACAAAGUCAUUUCGUGCCGAGAGAAAGCUAAGGAAGCUCGGGGUUUUGAGCAGCGUAGAGGCUGCACAUGGAGGGAAGUUCAAGUACUACAUUGACCUCCGCCCACCCAACGAAGACGACGAAGCUGUCAUUCUCAUCACCGAUCUGACUUGUACGCGCGGUGUGCUCACUUGGCACCUGGCAAUGAAGAAGUACGAUCUGUCUCCUCUUGCCGUACUAGGUCACGACGAAUUCGGCGUCCAGCCUCAUGUUGAUAUGCUGGUAAACCCGGCGAUUUCUUCGCAGAACACCGAAGAUGCAGCCGCAAGCCCUUCCAAAACGGCGAAGCCACGUUCGAAGAGUGGCUCUUCGAACGAAAAGCCUGCGCCUCUAGCCUCAGCACCACAGAUUUCCCCAGAAUACUCUCCGCUUCGGCACUGGUCCGCCCUCGAACGAGUGCUCCAGGCCAUUCAAGGGAACGACCCGAAGCUGGACUCUGCCCCUAAGCUCUGGACGUUCUUCGCCGUUGCUCGAUACUUUGGCUGUGCUAUUCACGAGCGUAUCUCAGGGUGGAUCAUGACUUGGCUUCAUGCGGGCAACAACAGCAACUUCAUCCAAAACAACCCUGAAGUGGCAUACCGUAUCGCAAUGGGCAUCAAAUCUGUGGAGCUCAUCAGAGACUCCUUUUCCAUCCUCGUCGGCGAGAGGGCACUUAUUGAAGCCUGCGGUGAGUUCAACCCGGAGAUUCUAACCCUUCGCCGUCAGAGCGUACAUGGCCGAAAGCUAGAGCUUCUCGACGAUGAUGAGCGCAAUCGAAUCGACCACGCUGCUUCAUCUUUCGUGAAGCGGAUUCGCGAGGCCAUCUGCAGUAUGUGUCAAGACAUGGACUUUCUUCACGAGAGUGCAGUCUAUGCAAUACUUGACAAUGCUGUCGGACAAACACGGAGGGCAGUGGAGGCGCUGAAAUCGACCAAGACGACUGUGAAGGAGUACGUCAGAUCGAGAAUCUACUAUGUGCUGUGCCAGGAUCAAGGAUGUCUCCGAAAUUUGGAGCCGGAGCCAAAAUCAACCCUCCCUUUUCGAUCAGCUUCUAUUGAGGACUAUGGCACGGUCUAUAGGUCUCUCAACCAAAAAAUGAGACAUUUCACCAAGACCUUCUGGUUGGCGUUGCAGCAUACACGAUUUGACGAGGGCACUCACAGCACAUCCCAUGAAGGCACGAUUGGCUGGGAAACCACCACUCCGUACCACGAAGCUCUUCAUGGGCUCUACAGGAAUGACCCCCUCAACGGAAUUAGUCGAGUCCCGCGGGCCACUUUGGAGCGUAAGAUUAACAUCAUCAAUCAGAUGUUUCAUAGGGGAGAGGUCAUCCAUGGUAAGCGCUCCCCAAAGCGCCGCAAAACUUGCGAUUCCGACGACUUUUCCCACCGUUUCGGGAAUACAGAGAAUCCGAUAUCCUCCUCCAGUGUACUUAUGCCCAUUACUCCUUCCUGGAGAGCUGCUCCACCCGAGCCAGCGCCGACAAUACCUGCUCCUCGCCCUGAGCCGCCCGCUUUCGCACUGAGACCCAAGCCAACGAGUGAAGAAAGUCACUCACAACAGACAAAUAACAACGGAGCCUGGAGCUUCCAUGGGAAGCAAAAUGAGAUUCCUAUGCGUCCAAAGCGAGCCGCACCAGACAACGCACGCAUGAAUGGUACUCCCGAACCUCGAUGCGAACCAGAUACCUUGGUCGAAACCCACAUACCAGAAGAGUCGAUGGCACCGCUGCAGAGCAAUUUGACCCCGGCGAUUCCACCACCAGCAGCAGCAGCAGAAGAUGUCUCUGCCUCCUCAGCUUCAAACAAAUUCUUCAACCCGUAUACUGGCAAGUAUGAAGGACAGGAUAUCCAAGAACAGAUGUGGGACAAUCAAGCUGCUCCUUACUCUCCUCGAAGCGGUAAACGGGUCAAACAAUACUUCUCCAACAGCAAUACCGACACCGAAGUGACUAUGCCUUUACCCCCCAGCUACCGUUUUCCGAUCAAUCCAGCAGCAUUGCUCAACGACGUCACCGCGGCAAUCGAAAAAAUUUGUUCAGGUAACCUCUACCCACCUCAUCUGUUCCACCAGACCAGUCUAUUGCCUACGGACCUUUACGACAAUCUUCUCUGUCUCACCGCCAACGAAUUCCGCUAUCUACCACUCUGGGUUCCUGACGGCAACGAUGACGAAACCGGAGGGGUGUUUGAGGAAGUGCACGUUCCGAAUCUCGACCCUAUACGGACCAGCAUUGAGAGCUUUGGGCCGGGACGGAUUAAACGAGGAUUCGAUCAAGCGGACACUGAUGUGGGCAGUGAUAUCGACGAGAUCACGAGUUCCCAGGCGAUCAGUACCGUGGGCAAGGCCAGUAAGCUCGCCACGGACGGGACCCGCACGGUGAAGAGUGUAUCCAGUGCCAGUACCGUCAACGUCAAACGAGAGACUGAAUCUGCGGACCUAGAAGAUCCGGUAGUCGUGGAUCAUGGUGUUGUCCACAUGGGUCAAGCUCCGCCAGGAAUGGACGAUGAGGGUGACACGGACAUGCUGAAUAUCGACGAGCUCGACGACGACAAUGUUGGUUGCGAUGAUGAUGAUGAUGAUGAUGAUGAUGACGACGACGACGAUGUCGGCGGCGCAUUCGAGGAUGGAGACUCAGAUAUCAGCGAUGGUUUCAACCACUGGGACGACAAUCGGGCGGAAGAAUCGCCAACGACCCAAAUCAACAUGGGCGAUGAGUGUCGAAGCAACGACACCAACCCGGACUUCGAGGCAAUGCCAACCGCCGCCGACACUGAUGAUGAUGAUGGGUACACGAGCAAGGACAGCGGGAAAGGAAAAGGCAAAGCCAAAGCCCAGAAUUUCCCGCACGGAUUCGACCUCCCAGAUCUGCCAGAUCUCCCGGUCCGCGACCCGACCGCCGCCGCCGCCGGGACGGAGGGAGUCCUCCACCUUCACUCCCACCACCAAGAUCACCAGCGUCCGCAUCCUCAUCCGCAUCCGCAUUCUCACGGCACUCGUUCUGGUCCUGGUCCGCAUCGCGAUCACGCCUCGAGUUCCAGCUCGGUCGUCUUGAUCGACAUGGGCGACGACGACCACCACAACCACAACCACGACGAAGAGGGUGACGAUGGUUUCGAAUUGGUAUGACAUACAUGAUAUGGGGCGGCCUCAAAAUCAUGGGUGUCCAACGCAACUGUGGAAACUUCCGCCUCGGAUCUGCACUUGCACACACGGCAGGAAAAUGGCAGGGAGGCGGGGACAAUGGAGGUAAUAUUCUGUUCAACAAAAAGAAAAAGUAGGGUGGGACGGGCCUGUAGUUCGGGAUAUCCAAAAGGGAGUGUGUAUCGGGAACGAGUUGCACAGCGUCGAGCCGGCAACAGCGAACAGUUCAUGGGACGAGAGCUAAUCGCACUUAUAACGACUGAUCAUGACUGGAAUUUUGCAAAAAGAGAAAAGGUUAAGAAAAAG